GAGUUACAAAAGUCCAAAGAUCUCUGAAAGACAUUCAUAUCCAAUACUAAGUCCGCUCGGGGCAUAUUUCACCAUAGGGCAUAUAUAUGCUUUAACAGAUUUGUGGUCAAUUUCGUCUUAUAAUCAUGGCUGUCCAUAAGAAAGAAAUCAAUAGCGUUUUCAUCAUAUUGACAGUAUAUCUGCAUCUAACCAGCGGGGAGUUCUCGUACCCUGAUGUCUUCGACGAUCCUGAACGCGACACUUUAAUCUCUGGGCAGUUUCCGGAUGGCUUUGCCUGGGGUUCGGCCACCUCCGCCUAUCAGGUCGAAGGAGGUUGGAACGAGGACGGCAAAGGCGAGAGCAUCUGGGAUACCUUCUCUCACGAAGGCCGGAUCUAUAAUAACCAAACCGGCGACGUCGCCUGCGACAGUUACCAUAAGUACACCGAAGACGUCCAGCUGGUUAAAGCCAUCGGACUGACCCAUUACCGCUUCUCCAUCUCGUGGCCAAGGAUCUUGCCCCAGGGCACGCUUGCUGGCGGCAUUAACCAGGCUGGCUUAGAUUACUAUACCGAUCUGAUCGACGAGCUCAUUGCCAACGACAUCGAACCCGUGGUCACCCUCUACCACUGGGACCUUCCUCAGGUACUCCAGGAUGAUUACGGUGGAUGGGAGAAUGACACUCUGGCCGACUUGUUCAACGACUAUGCCAAUUUGUGCUUCGCUGAAUAUGCUUCUAAGGUUAAUAUCUGGAUUACGUUCAACGAACCCUAUGUGGUGACAUGGCUCGGUUAUGGGAUAGGCGUCUUCGCCCCUGGUAUAGUCAGCCCUGGAUACGCUCCAUACCGUGCAGCCCAUACUAUCAUCAAGGCCCAUGCAAAAGCAUACAACACCUACAAAAAUAACUACUUUUCUCAAUAUGGUGGCAAGGUCUCCAUCACCCUUAGUACCGACUUUGGACAACCAAAAGACCCUGAGAAUGAAGAGGACAUCGGAGCUGCUGUAAGAUACAUGCAGUUCACAGCAGGAUGGUUCGCGCACCCAAUAUUGAAGAACGGUGACUAUCCAGAUGUGAUGAAGUGGCAGGUCGGUAACAAGAGUCAGGAGCAAGGUCUUCCCGAGUCUCGUCUUCCAGAGUUCACUGAGGAGGAGAAACAGUACAUCAAGGGUACAGGAGACUUCUUUGGGCUGAACAGCUACACUACGACCGUGUGCAAACAUAAAGUUACAUCAGGAGAUCCCAAUUAUGAGGGUGACCAGGAUGUGGAGCGAAACCAACCGGAAAAUUGGCCGACGUCUGCUUCUGAAUGGCUCCGACCAGUUCCUUGGGGUUUGAGAGGUCUCCUAAACUGGGUCAAGAAUGAGUAUGAUGAUAUCGACAUCUACAUCACUGAGAAUGGUGUUUCUACCCCGGAUGAGUUCAACCUUGAAGACGAUGCAAGGGUCACAUUCUACCAAGCUUACCUUAAUGAAGCCCUUAAAGCUCAAAUGUAUGAUGGUGUGAACCUCGUUGGCUAUUUUGCUUGGUCACUCAUGGACAACUUUGAGUGGACUUCCGGUUACAGUCAGCGCUUCGGACUUCAUUACGUUGAUUUUGAGGAUCCUGAUCGACGCCGAACGCAGAAAAAAUCUGCAGAGUGGCUGACAGGAAUCGUAGCGUACAAUGGAUUUUCAUCAGCGCAACACCUUCAAGCUACACCGCUCGUCAUCUGUCUUUCUGCCUUGAUUUAUAAAUUGUUUUUGUGAUAAUUUUAA